CAUUUACUGCGCCUGCUGACCCUCUCUCCCGAGAUCCACACAAAUCGAACUACCGCUACCGCCGAUGAGGAGGUUACUUCCCAUGGAAUUCCGUUUUACUAAUGAAAAAUUUUCAGUACUUGACACGGAAAGCCAAGCGAAUCACCCUUUGUCUUUGCAAGAUGAAAAGGAACUGCAGGAGGCCGUAAAUGGAUAAAAGAUGAAGCAAUCAACGUGGUAGAUUCAACGUUGGAUCCGUAAAAUCAUUUGGAAUCCGUUAGGAACUCCGUUUAAUAUUGCUGUUUUGAUGCGCGCUUCUUUUCUGAGUGGAAGCCUCCAGGAGCCGAGUUUCCCGCCGAGGAUCGGUGCCGCGAAAAGGGAGAUGGCUGCAAAAGGAAAUGGGCUUCUGUGGCUACUAGUCAUAAUCGCCGUGGUCUCACUGAAAGCAAAUGCAUUCUUUGUUGGCAUGACCCUCGUUGAAAAUGCAGUGGCAAAAGGGGCAGUUUGCUUGGAUGGAAGCCCACCUGCUUAUCAUCUCGACAGGGGCUCCGGAGCAGGGAUAAAUAACUGGAUUGUCCACAUUGAGGGAGGAGGAUGGUGCAACAAUAUUACCACCUGUCUUGCACGAAAAAGUACUCGUCUAGGCUCAUCCAGUCACAUGGUUAAGGAUAUUGCAUUUUCAGGGAUUUUGGGAAAUAAACAAUCACUUAAUCCAGAUUUUUACAACUGGAAUAGGGUCAAGGUCCGUUAUUGUGAUGGAGCAUCAUUCACUGGAGACAUAGAGAAAGUAGAUCCUGCCUUAAAUCUUCACUUCAGAGGAGCCAGGAUAUUUCGUGCUGUAAUUGAUGAUUUACUGGCCAAGGGAAUGAGUAAAGCAGAAAAUGCUAUAUUGUCAGGUUGUUCAGCUGGUGGUUUGACAACCAUACUUCAUUGUGAUAAUUUUCGUGCCCUUAUACCAACGGGUGCCAAAGUAAAAUGUCUUGCUGAUGCUGGAUAUUUCAUUAAUGCAUUAGAUGUUUCAGGAGCUGCUCAUAUCGAAAAUUACUACAACGAAGUUGUGACUUUACAGGGAUCUGCAAAUAAUUUACCAUCAUAUUGCACGUCAAGAACUAAACCAAGUUUGUGCUUCUUCCCGCAAAAUGUUAUACAACAAAUUCGAACACCAAUUUUCUUACUGAAUGCAGCAUAUGAUUCGUGGCAGAUAAAGAACAUCUUGGCACCAGGAGUUGCUGAUCCUCAUGGAUAUUGGCACUCCUGCAAGCUUGAUAUCAAGAAGUGCAAUCCAAGUCAGAUAGAGACAAUGCAAGGGUUUAGGCAGGAUUUCCUAAGAGCACUGCAAGGAGUUGACAGAGAUCCAGCUAGAGGCAUGUUUAUAAACUCAUGCUACGCUCACUGCCAGUCAGAGAUGCAGGAAACAUGGUUGAGAUCAGAUUCUCCAUUGCUAGAUAAAACUCCGAUUGCAAAAGCAGUUGCAGAUUGGUUCUACGACCGCCACCCAUUCGUGCAGAUUGAUUGCCCUUAUCCUUGUGAUUCAACUUGCCACAACCGAGUGUUCGAACCAUCUGAAGUUUCUUCGUCCUAGCAGACUUCCCCGCUUAGUCUUUUUACAUUCACAUGCAUGAUGUUCGUGCUAAAAGUGAGUUGGGCAGGAGCGAAUGGAUAUGAUUAUUGACUUGCUAUCAAUAAACAUCCACAGCACAGUUGCAUGUGAUGUGGCUGUUUUGUUCUUCAAGCUACAACUUGCAACAAUAAAGAAUAUCUAUUAGUUAUACUA